AAUAAGUUUGACAGCUGACCUGUGUGCUGUGUGUGUAUUCAUGUAUUGUAUUUAUCAGUUAAUUGCUAGAAUUCUAAAUGAAUACACUUAAUUAAUGUUACGUUAGUGAAUUAGUUAAUUACUUCUGUGUCAAACUCGACAAAUUACACAAAAGUCUGACAACAGUGUUCCGCGAAGUGUAGAUUUGCAUAAACAAAAGACAGUCGGGAUUUGUGAUUAAAAUGACUGUGGUAGAAUUAUUUUCUCGUUGCAUAUCGAAGACCUUAGUUUAAUACCUACUAGUUAAUUAUUGUAGAGCCGUGUAAUAAUACAAGACAAUAUCAUGGCGCAUGACAACCCAGUGGUGACUGUGAAACAGGGUAAAUUGAAGGGAGCGGUUAAGAAAGGUUUAGAUGGGAGCCCUUACUACAGCUUCAAAGGAAUCCGCUAUGGGGAACCUCCGGUUGGAGAGCUACGGUUUAGGGCACCAGUACCAAUAAAGCCAUGGGAUGGUGUACGGGAUGCUACAGAACACGGGCCAGUGUGCCCUCAGUUUGAUAUGUCUAUAGUGGACUUCGUGGAAGGGAGCGAGGACUGUCUCAGUUUAAACGUCUACACAAAGUCAUUGCAACCUAACUCAAAACUACCCGUUAUGGUCUAUAUACAUGGUGGAGCUUUUCUAUCAGGAUCUGGCAACGCUGACACAUAUGGACCUGAAUUUUUAUUCCUACAUGAUGUGAUUGUAGUCACUAUCAACUACAGGCUCGAAGCACUAGGUUUCCUCUGCCUAGACACUCCUGAAGUACCAGGCAACGCUGGUAUGAAAGAUCAAGUUUUAGCCAUGCGUUGGGUUAAAGAAAAUAUCAGCACUUUUGGUGGGGACCCUGACAAUAUCACACUGUUUGGAGAGAGUGCUGGUGGAGCCUGCGUGAACUUCCACAUGCUCUCACCAAUGUCAAAAGGACUGUUUAACAAAGCGAUAGCUCAGAGUGGAGUUUGUUUAGAAUAUUGGGCGAUAGCUCACCAACCUGUAGAAAGAGCGUUUAGAUCGGGCAAAGUUCUAGGCAAAGACACUAAGGAUAAGAAAGAAUUACUGGAUCAUUUAAGAGGUUUGCCUGCUCUUGACCUAGCGAGGCUCACAGUCAAAACGAGAACUCCAGAUGAGAAGUUCAGAGGACUACCUAUUUAUUACACACCAACAGUGGAGAAGAAAUUUGAAGGACAAGAACAGUUUUUGACUGAAGACCCUCUACAAAUGCUUUUGGCAGGCAAAGUGAACAAAGUACCAUUCAUGUGCGGGUACAAUACUGCCGAAGGGAUAUUAUUAGUCCCUGAACAUAGGAAAAAGUUGGAAGUUCUGAAUAAAGAACCAUCCUACCUUGUUCCAAGAGACGUAGCAAUGAUAUCUUCUAAGGAGAAACUGGAAGAGUUCGGCCAGCGGGUCAAAGAGUUUUAUUUCAGAGGUAAAGAUGCCACUGAAGAUGAUGUACAGGCUAUAGUAGAUGUCCAUACAGAUAUUAAUUUCAUGUACCAAGCUCAUAGACUAAUGCAUUUCUACCAAAAGAUGGCUCCAGCUUACAUGUACCGAUUUGACUACUGCACUAAAAUGAACAUGAUGAAGAAUAUCUUUGGUGAUGAUGCAGUGAAAGGCGCAUGUCAUGUAGAUGAUCUCUUUUAUCUGUUCCAUACACCAAUGACUGAAAGUAUUUAUGAAGAGAAUGAGGAGAUAAGAAAAGCAGUGUAUGAAGUUACUAAAUUAUGGACUGAUUUUGCAAAGACUGGUAAUCCUACACCAACAAAGGGCAGCGUGGAAUGGCGGCCCUACAACAGUUCAACCAAAGAGUAUUUACUCAUAGACAAAGAAACAAAAAUGUCCAGUAACCUGGAGAAGGAAAGAGUUGAAUUCUGGAAUAAAAUGUACGCUGACGCUGGUUUGCCUAGUAUUACUAAGUCUAAUUUAUAGAUUUUUAGACAAGUAGGUAAAUAAUGCGUAGAUGUAGAUAGGUAAAGUCUGGCUAUUUUGGCUGAUGUAAUUUAUUUCUUGUAUAAGUUGUGAUCCAAUAUUUAUGUCAAUAUUACACUCCAAGUAGACAAUGUUAAGCAAGCAUUUAUUAAAUAAAUGCGAAUAUUGUGUUAAACACACCAGUAUAGGUGUAUAAAUAAAUAUAAAUUAAUUUGCAUUCUUGUGAUGCAAUCAAUGGCAUUAUUUUCUUACUGUUUAACAGUUUACUUAGAAUGAUAAUUACCUCAAAUAUUUACAUUAAUGGUAGAUAAGCUUCACUUUAGCUCGCUAAAGUAGCUUUUAUUUUAAGCAUUUUGCAAGGAACUUCUCUACCUUAUAUUGGUUUAUUUUUUAAUUCAAUGUAAUAAAAUCACAAGAACCGCAGUCAUCAGGCAAAUGUUAAUCCAUGGAGUAUUUUUAUAAGUUUUAAAUAUGAAAUAAGGUUUAAUAUAGCUUACAAGAAAAUUGGUUACACUGGAAACCAAUAUAGUUGAGAAAAGGCUCGGGAGAUGAUGAUUUUUUUAUAUUUAUAGGAAAAGUCAGUUUUACCUUAUAGGACUACAAACAAACUGAUCCCAACCAAGUUGGGAAAAGCUGGGCUAGCUACUUUUUAAAUAUUUUCUAUGAUUUAUGGAUAAUAUUUUAUACAGAGGUAUUAUAAAUACCUACAAAACGCUGAUUUUAAAAGAAAGGAGAUGAAAAAAUAUAUAAUUAAGGAAUUUAGUAAGUAAGAAAUUGUACUGAAAUCAUCACAUAUUUCUUUGUAUAUUUGUAAUGACGUAAGUUAACAUUUAUUAAAUAUUUUAUUUAUUUAUAAUGGAGCAAUUAUUCUUGAUAUGCUAUUGUUAUGGAUAGUUUAAAAGGACUUAUUAUGAAGUGAAUAGAAUAUUUUUAUCUAUAAAGAAUGAGAAAAGGGAAAUAUGGAGAUGUUACGAUGAUAGAUUUUUACAAAUGCUAUCUCAUUUUAAUUGACUUAUUAAUUUGUUUUACAUCUUGUUAUAAAUAAAAAAUAUGUUUUGUAA